AUGAAGUUGUCACUCCUUGCCGUUAUCGUGGCCUCCGCCUCUGCCGCUCAAGGUGCCAUCACCUGGACUCUUGAGAAGGCCGCCAACCCCACAGCCGACCAAAGCGACGCAUACACCAAGAUCGAAGCCGCCAUGAAGCUGGCCGUCGCAAGACACGCAAGUCAGGGCAAGGCCAGCAAGACGAUCCGUGUCUACUAUACGCCCGGCGUUCCCACUGCCGAGGCCAACUACAACGGUGAUCUCCGCUUCGGAUCGAACCGAUCUUACAUGAACGAGCGUACUGCGCUCCACGAGAUCUCACACACACUUGGCGUUGGACAGACUGCCGCUUUCAACUCCAAAUGCGCGUCUGGCGACUGGGCUACGGCAUUGCCCCUGCUUCGCUCCUGGGAUGGCUCCAGUGCCAAGAUCAGCUGUGGCGGCUCGCACUUCUGGCCGUACGGUCUUAAUUACGAUACUGAAUGGAGCGAGACAAACGCGAACCGUCACGUAAAGAUCAUCAACGCCAUGAUUGCUGAUGGUAUGUAA